UAUAUAGUAGAUCUGUUUGUCGCAUCCACACUCGCCAUGGCCGGAAUGGAGCAUGUCAUUUCUGUGGAGGAGUUGCUUUCGAGGAAGGUUAAAGUCGUUAGAACAGAAGCUGGUGAAACAAGCAGAGGCAAUGUCCAACCUAUCAUUGCCGCUGAUCAGGAGACCCAAAGUGGGAGUAUUGAAGUCGGCCAAGCAAUAGAGAUCAAAGUCAGUCCCAGCACGGAGCAGAGGUUGAAGCGAUUAGAGAAGGCAGGAGAUCAAGCGGAAAAAACUGGACGAAAGAUACAACAGGUUCCGUUUUUGCUGCGAGAUAACAAAAAUGUGGCCAAGUAUUUUGAGCCAAAGGUGGUGUCUUUCGGUCCUAUCCAUCACGGUAAGCCAAGGUACCAGCUUGCAGAAGAGAAUAAGCUUCUAUUGGCAAACAAGUUCGUCGAGGAGAGUGGGAAGGGUAAGAAAGCUGAAAGUUUGUACGUCGAAAUUGAGAAGAAAAUCAAGCAACUGAGGGAGUACUUCGAUGAGGAGGUGAAUAAGAAGUAUGAGGACGAUGAGUACCUCGCCUGGAUGCUGUUCGUGGACGGGUGUGCAGUAUUACAAUUCAUAUACUACGUAGUUGAAGACAAAUUCAAAGAUUUGAAAAUAAAAGACGAUCGAGUGGUGUUUGGGGUAGCGGAUUUGUUCUUGUUAGAAAAUCAACUUCCUUAUCAACUCCUCGAGGAUUUGAUGGAGUUGAGCGAGAAUAAAAAGCGCUUUAAGGAUUCGAUCGACAGUUUCAUUGAAAGGCAUUCAAAUUGCAAGGAUAAAAAGACCAGCAUAGAAAAGCCGCCGGCAGACGAUGAUAAAAAGACCAGCAUAAGUAUAGAAAAGCCGCCGGCAGACGAUGAUAGAAAGACCAGCAUAGGUAUAGAAAAGGCUGAAAUGCCGCCGGCCCAUCUUCUCGAUCGUUUGCGAACAAGACUCCUUCGUGAUUCGAAAAACAAAAGCAACGACGAAUAUAUGUGUAUGGGUCAAAAAGGGCAAGAUAAUUGGCAAUCAUAUCGCAACAUACAGGAACUUAAAGCAGCAGGAAUCCAAUUGAAGCCUAGUGAAAGUAGUUCCUUGGCAGACGUAUCUUUUACUGAUCACCCAUUCAAUUUCUACCCUGGAUACAUUUAUCUUCCUCGAAUAACAGUAGACGACUCAACGGGGGCAAAGUUCUUGAACUUGAUAGCCUAUGAGAUGUGUCCAAAUUUCGACAAUGACUUCGGCGUCACUUCUUACAUAUGCUUCCUUGAUUCACUCAUUGAUCAUCCAGACGACGUGAAGGAGCUAAGGAACGCCCGCAUACUCCACAACCUCCUUGGUAGCGACAAAGAAGUGUCCCGUCUCUUCAAUGACAUAGCCACUGACUUGGUGCCUAACCCCAAAACAUAUGGCUAUGUCAAAGGGCAAAUUCAGAAGUGCUACGACACUAAGUGGAAGACCUGGAUAGCUCAGGUCAUUCACGACCAUUUCAGCAGCCCCUGGACAAUCGUGGGUUUCACUGCAGCAGUAUUAGUUUUUCUUUUAACUGCCAUCCAGACUUGGUACACAGUCUUCUCCCCCUGACCCCUGAGAUCACAAAAAGGCCGGUCCUCAAAACUUGUUUGUUUUUGUCUCCAAAUAAAACUACCCCCUUUGAUCUAUCUCCCCUGUCCCGCUCCUCUGUAUCCUUCAGAAAAAAAAAAAGAAAAAAAAGUACAUCCAGGUCCAUGGGGUUCCAUUCAAUUAUUUCCUUUUGCUUUAGUGUUUGCAUGCAAAAUAAGUCCGAGUGAAUGUAUCUUAUACUUUAAUUGAUGUAAUAUGUAUGUAUGGAAUGAGAUAAACAUGAA